AUGUUGUCCGCGCGCACAGUUCAACUUCCGUCCCGUCCCGUCCCGUCCGACCCUGGUCUGGAAGCACUUGGUGUGGAGGUCCACUUCCACAGCCGACGGGGGCCUAUUUAUAUGGUCUCGUCCACUUGCCCACAAGGCGUGGGGAAUAAAGAGCCCAGGGAGGAAGGAGUGGACAAAUUCCAUCUGACAAUGCAAAUGAUCCGGUCCGACUUCCCACAAGGUGCAGUUAUACGGGAGCUGCUGUCCAGGAGCCAGUCCACACUCUCGAGAGAGAGUUACCUACAUGCACACUCUCAUGGGGACGUCAUGAUUGGAGGACUUUUCCCUCUUCACCAAGAAACCGACUACGACAUAACGCCCGGACAGCUCACCUGCACUGACUUUAAUAUCCAAAUGUUCCUUCGCGCUCAAGUGAUGAUAUACGCCAUCCGAGAAAUAAACCAGCGCAUGCCGAGGGUUCUACCCAACCUCUCCAUAGGAUAUGACAUCUACGACACGUGUGGAGAUGUCAGCCUGGCCAUCAGAGCUACGCUCCAGCUGCUGAGGAACCAGUCAGACCCCCAGAGCUGUUUAGUACCCGCACACUUUCAAACCGCUCUACCCGAACCCGAAACCAAGGCAGUGAUCGGUGCAUCUUCUUCUGAAAUGUCCAUAGCUGUUGCACGAGUUCUUGCGCUGUCCUCCGUUACCCAGAUUGGCUUUGCUGCGACUAGCGAGCUGCUCAGCAGGAAGUUGAAGUUCCCCACUUUUCUGCGAACGAUACCCAGUGACAAACAUCAGACAGAGGCCAUGGUUGACCUGAUUAUCAAGUUUAACUGGAAGACAGUGGUCGUUAUAGGAAGUGACGAUGAGCACGGGAGGUACGGCAGUGACAACCUAGAGGACCUUUUCAGUCAAAUAAAGGAUGUCUGCGUUGAAUUUAUUUUAAUCCUGCCGGGUAACUUUUCCUUGAACAAUUCCACAAACAAGUACGUGACUGAUCUGAUGAGCAAAUUCAACAAGUCCUCUGCUGAGGCCAUCAUCUUGUUCACCCAGGAAUUUAAUGUUAGAGUCAUCCUGGAGGCAGCAAUCAUACACAGACUCAACAGAACGUGGAUUGCAACAGGUAGCUGGUCCACCUCUAAGCUGAUAUCCACACUGCCGGGCAUCGAGAGGGUCGGGGAGAUUUUCGGGUUUAUCUCCAAGAGGAACGAGGUGCCUGGCUUUAGAGACUAUGUCAUCUCAAUGUUCAAUGGGACCUCCAACACCUUUCUCGAGUAUUACCAGACUCAUUGUGCAUCUUGUUCUGGUACGCCUGAGGAGGACGGAGAAGGUCUCUGCUUGCCAACAUGCGGGGACACAAGCUCCUUGGCCAAUUACAUUGACCAGGAUAAGUCAUACAACAUCUACUUAGCCGUUCAAGUCAUUGCUAGGGGUCUAAGGAGCUUGCUGAAGUGCAACAACCAUCGCUGUAAACGCAGCACUGAAUUUACAGCCCUGAAGCUUUUUACGGAAAUCAAGAAAGUAAACCUCACUGUGAACAAUACUCAAAUAUUCUUUGACGGCAAUGGAGACCCAAGUAUAGGAUAUGAUAUUUUGUAUUGGAACUGGACAAAAUACAAGCAUUACCCAAAAAUAGAAAAAAUUGGAGAAUACCGUCUGGAUAAAAAAAUCAAACUCCGAGCUGAUCUUGUUGAAAAAAAGCGCAAUGUGACGGUAACGGCUUUCAACUGUUCUAAAACAUGUAAACACGGGCAGGAGUUGAAAAUACUACACAAACGUUGCUGCUUUUAUUGUGUUCGAUGUGCAGAUGGAGAAUUUUCCCCUGAAAAAGGCCAGCAGUGCAAACGGUGCCGUGCAGACCAGUAUUCGUCUCUGCAGAGGAACGAGUGUAUCGAUAAAACCGUCGACUUCCUGAUGCGGUCGGACCCCUUCGUUGGCAUCUUGAGUGCCCUGGCAGUGUUGGGUAUCGCGGUCACCGUGGCGUUUGCCGUUUUGUUCACCGUCUAUUGGGGCACUCCCGUCGUGAAGGCCGUUGGAGGCUACUUGUGCCUCUUGGAGCUUCUCUCCCUGCUGCUUUGCUUCUGCCUUACGUUCAGCUUUGCGGGGAAACCCACCGGUGCCUCCUGCAUGGUGGGUCUGCCUCUCUACGGCAUCGCCUUCUCGUUCUGCAUCGCCUGCAUCCUGGCCAACCUGCUCCAGAUCUCCCUGGGCUUCAGCUUUGAAGUGAGCCCGCGAUCCUGUGCGAAGAGGCUCCACCAGCCGGCGGCUCUGGUGAUGAUCGUCUCCGGGAUCCAAGUGGCCCUCUGUGGGUCGUGGCUGGGCAUGUACCCGCCCAAGGCCCAUCAAGUGAUAUUCAGGGAGAGCAUCCUGAAGCAGUGCGAGAAAGGCUCCAACAUGUUCUUUAUUGCCAUGUUGGCCUACAACACUUGCUUGGCCUUCAUCUGCUUCGUGUUCGCGAUCAAAGGCAGAAAGCUGCCAGAUCUGUAUAAAAAUGCAAGUUUGAUCGCCAUCAGCAUGCUGCUGUUUCUGAUCGUUUGGGUUUUCCUCAUCCCCAUUUAUAUCAGUCUGAUCGGGAAGUACAAGCGCGCCACCGAGAGCACGGCCAUCCUCAUUUCCAGCUACAGCAUCCUGGGCUGUCAUUUGGCCCCGAAGUGUUACAUCAUGGUGUUCAGGAAAGAGCUUAACAAUAAGAACGCCAUGGCCGAGUACAUCAGGAAGCAUUAUGAGCAGAGCGACACGGCCGUGGUGAGGAGCGCACCGCCGUAA